AUGAUCAAUUACAUGCACAAAUAUUUUUCAUGACAUACUGCGAAUAACGUGUUCUGCAAACAAUGGUUUUCCCCGAGCUCCAACCCUUCCGGUUUUAAUCUCGCUCAGAAUUUUAUUUUGGUCGGUCUCCAAAAAAAGGAAUAGAAAUUUCUACUGCUAGCAUCACAACGUUUUAUUUUACAGGGGAAGUGCAAGAUGUCAAAAGUCCAUCAUGCAUUGCUUGCAUAUGGAAAACCGUGGGCUGCCAGGACGAGACUGAAUCUACCUUUGAGGCAAUAUACAAAGGUUCGCUCGCAACACACAGAUGCAACAUCACAUCAGAACCUGCCGCAGAAGGGUCGGAAACGAAUCACUCUUCUAGUCUUUGGUAUCUGUGCUAGUGGGUGUGGGGCCUACUACUACUCCCUCACUCCAAGAGAAAAGCGUCUAGUUCAGGUGGGAGUAGGUGGGAUUGGACGCUUCCUCAGAACAACUAGAAUAGGAUUACAAAUUUCCCUUGAUUAUUAUUGGUCAUUGUUGGGCCUUGAAGAUGGGACUGAGAAAUAUGAAUUAGCCAUGAGCGCAGCUCAUCAACGUGCUGCUCAGAGCAUUUUGCACGGCUGUAUGAAAAAUGGUGGACUUUACAUAAAGGCUGGUCAAGGUUUGGUGUCUUUGAAUCAUAUUCUGCCACCAGAAUAUUUGGAAACUUUAAAGGUACUGCAAGAUCAAUGUUUGAAAAGAAAGAGCAAUGAGAUAAAUGACCUUUUCCAAGAAGAAUAUGGCCAGAGUCCUGAUGAAGUAUUCUCGUCAUUUGAUUCAGAACCGAUUGCAGCGGCCAGUUUAGCUCAGGUUUUUAAAGCAGAAACCAAAGAUGGGCGAAAGGUUGCUGUAAAAGCUCAAUACAUAGACCUUCAAGAUAGAUUUUCAGGAGAUUUGGCAACAGUUGAUCUUCUCCUUGCAUUCUCUGCAUGGUUACAUCCUAAAUUCAAUUUUCACUGGGUUUUAGAGGAAAUUAAAGAAACAUUGGAACAAGAAUUAGACUUUAUUAAUGAAGGUAAAAAUGCUGAAAGGUGCUCUAAGGAAUUAAAGAAGUUUUCAUAUAUAUAUGUGCCAAAAGUUGACUGGGACUUGACUACCAAGAGAAUUCUUGUAACUGAAUUUAUUGAUGGAAUUAAAGUUAGUGAUGUCAAAACACUAACUGAAGAAGGGUUUUCUUUACCUGAUAUUGACCGAAAGCUCAUAACAGCCUUUGCUGAGCAAAUAUUCCACACUGGGUUCAUCCAUGCCGAUCCUCACCCAGGAAAUGUUCUUGUGAGGUGGUCCAAAAAUAAGAAAGCAGAGCUAGUUUUGUUAGAUCACGGACUUUAUGAAAAGCUUCCGGCUGAUGUUCGAACAAAUCUUUCUCAUUUAUGGAAAGCUAUUGUUCUUAGUAACCAUAGGGACAUGAGGAAAUAUUCUCAUGAACUAGGUGUCCAUGAAGAUUAUCGUCUAUUCUGCAUGGUGUUGUCACAGCAUUUUGUGAAACCAGAAGGGGAGGAAGAAUACGAAUCUUUUAAGUUUAUGAAAAAGUUUAAAAGUCACCACAGUGCCAUAAAAGCCCUAGAAAAUAUGGAAGAAGAUGAAAAAAAAAAAGUGUUGGAUGCUAUGGAGCGAGUCCAUGGUGCUGCAUUGGGCGUAUUUAAUUCCUUUCCUCCUCGUCUAAUUUUUACACUUAGGAACAUCAAUACUAUUAGAGCUAUCACGAAGGACCAUGGUGACCCAGUUGAUCGCUACACUAUAAUGGCAAGAAGUGCAACUAAAGGGGCAUUUGCGGGCCAAGGCAUCAUUGGAAAUUUAAAAGCACUGAAGGAUCGCACAUACUUUGAAGCUUGUUUAUGGUUGGAAUUGUUGUGGAAAAUGUUGUUGAUGUGGAUGUUAAACAUGGAAAUCAAAGAAUAUGUUCGUGAAAAUAGUCACUCACCUACUGUAUGUAUUGUUUGCUCGCCUUAGAAGUACUGUACAAAUUCAUAAUCUAUCUAUUAUAAUGGUCAGAUUGGUUUAAAUAUAGACUUCUGCGCAUUUAUGUGUCUAUCUUACAAGUCUUUGGAAAAGGAAACAAUAUGGCUGCCUUAUCAAGAAUGAUACACUAAAAUCAUGUUAAUGUAAAAAGAACACCUCAGGGUUUCUAUAUUCCUUUUCUGCUAUACUAUUACUUUAAUCUAAUCUUUUUUUUUUUUAUAGCUACUGAGGCCUUCUUGAAGUCCCUACAAUUCCCUGCUUAAUGUCAUUUAGCAUUCACUUUCCUAAACUCUGAAAAGGAAAACACAUUGUGGGUUCUUGUGCCCUGCUCUCUGUGAUUUUUUUUUUAAUAGUAUUAUAUAUUAUCAUUUAUCAAGAUAGAUAUAAAUGUACCCUAUAUUUUGCUACAUGUUUCACUCAACCUUGUCAGUCAGAUGUCAAAGUAUUUUUCAUGAAAUCUAAUCAAUUUUAUUAUUAUUGAAAUCCCAAAUAUGAAGUUGCAUGCAAUAGCAAUAAUUUACAAUGAAUGAUGGUGUGAUGCUUUUUCUAAAUAUAGCUUUGUACCCUACUCUUUUAUUUUUUGGUUUCAUUUAUUGAGAUGAAAGCGACUGUUGCUGGUGUUGCUGGUCAAUGCCCAUGUUACAUCAGUUUUAUUUUUGAAUAAAGUGUUUUGCACAGAAA